GAAUGAAUGAAAGGGCCCGGCGGCCGACUGGUCGCGUGCGCACGCGCGCCCUCUGUCACCCAGCGCGCCCGCGCCCGUCCGUCCGUCGGGGGUCACGUGGGCCCGGGGAGGAGGCUGGGCCGGCGUCACGUGACGCGCCCGCCGGCCUCGGCGAUGGAGGCGGAAGAGGGGGCGUCGCUAUGGCGACUCCAAAAGGUCCCGGCCGAGCUGGGCGCUCAGCUCCUGCACAGGGCAGUGGAUAGCCUCUGUGGUCGUGCCGCCCCCCAGGAUCAAAAUGGAGACCAACUUUGGGAUCCAGCCGAGUGGGAAGCCAUGCGGGAAGACAUCGCCGUAUUUUUCAAAACCACCGUGGGUCACGAUCGGCCCGAUGAAGAGGCCCUGCAGCAGUUGGGCCAGCUGAGCCCCGGGCUUCAGGAAACUGUUAUGCAGUGUUUGAAAGGCAGGAGAGAAGAGAUCAGGCAGGCCCUGCUAGGGGAGGUCACUGCAAUCUCCUCGGCCCAGCUGCAGGACUUUGACUGGCAACUAAAGCUCGCCCUCUCCAGUGAUAAGCUUGCCACACUGCAGAUGCCACUUCUGAAUCUCGACCUCGAUGUGCGAGAAAAUGGCGAAGUGAAACCAUAUUCCAUUGAGAUGAGCAAAGACGAGCUUCAGAAGCUCAUCAGUGCCCUGGAGGCCGCCAACAAGGUUGUCCUACAGUUGAAGUGAUGGUAGCGGGAGAUGGAUGCCUGCUGUGCCAGCUCCUCGCCGAGGGAGCAGAGGCUCUCCCCUGGACCGGACGGCCGAGUAGGCCUUGGCACCUCGAGAUGAGACCCACGGCAGCAAGCUGGCACAAGCCCCCAAAAGCCAAUCCACCAGACGGGCUCGUCGUGGGAAAUGAAGAUGCUCUAAAGGCCACAGUGGCAUUUUUGGUGUCUAAGAGGGAUUGUUAUGCCCCAUGAGUGAAAUAGGUGAUGAGCUUGUGCACAUUUGUGUUCUUCGGGCUUUCUGAAACCCAGAACUCUAGUACAAAGAUUUUUGAAAAUGUCAUCUCAACACACUAAUCUGAACCUAACCUGUAUAUUGCUAAAUCCCUUGUAUGUUAAUAGCCGUGUCUUGGGUUAUAGGUGCUUCGUGGGAAGAAUUAAAAUGGUUUGGAAAUCCAAGUGUUU